AUGGGAUUCUUUGACCACCUCCAGAAAGGAGGAGGCUUUUCGCUCCAGGCAAAGAAACCCCAGAUUCGCCAGGUAGUCCAGACGCGCCCCGCUCCUCCUUCACGAUCAUCAUCGCAACCUUCAAACAGACCGACGCCGCGACCAGUCCCCGCCGAGUCACAGAGGAAGACUCGAGAUUUCCUCAGCACAUCCGCCUCGGGGGAGAGGGACUAUUCGUCAAAGCGGCGGCUAACGCCGUUGCGAAAUCGAAAGCGACCUACUCCUGAGCAACGGCUGUCCAGUGACGACGACGACGGAAGUGACACAGACACCUCUUUUGAUAUUCGCAAGCGCGCGAGGACAGGGGAUAGCUCCGAACCUGAUUAUGGCAGGAGGCUGCGUUCACUGAAGGCGUUUUCAGGGGAUGGAACCAGGGCACUUCCUAUGGUGCACGCUGCGAAGCUCACUUCUGGCGACAAGGCGGCAAAGUUCAGCCCAGCAUUCGGUAGUACAGGCCAGCGAGCAGAGAUUCUCCUACAGUAUCCCAGUGCGACGCCGAAGGAAAGAUACGAACUCGUGGUUCCCCGCGACAACGACGAAUUCAAGCCCCUCGACGAUAUUGUGCAAGUAAUAGAAACUGUUUGCCAACAUUACGUAUUCGAGGACAACGAAGAAGAUAUGAAGGAAUUCAACGAUGAAUCUUCUGGAAUCAAGCGAAAAGUACGACGGGCACUCAUUCGCGGUUCCGAGACUGAGUUUCGCGAAUCUGUCGCCGAAUAUAAUGAUGCCAUUCAGCGCUUGCGGCGAAAUGGCAGCAUUGCGAAAAAACUGGAUGCGACCCAUAAGCUCAGUUUACCCCACGUGGAACGCAUUUUGACGCAAAUCUACUCCCGCACCGUAUCGCCGCGAGUCGAGUCCCUUCGACAGUACGAGAAUGGAACGGACAAUGUCUACGGAGAACUUCUUCCUCGAUUCAUCAGUACCAUCUUCAAGGAGACCGGGCUGAAAUCUAACCAUGUUUUUGUCGACCUCGGGUCCGGUGUCGGAAAUGUAGUUCUGCAGGCAGCCUUGGAAAUAGGCUGCGAGAGCUGGGGUUGUGAGAUGAUGGACAAUGCCUGCGACCUCGCAGAGCUCCAACAAGCUGAAUUCAGGGCAAGAUGCCGGCUAUGGGGCAUCGCGCCCGGUAAAACGCAGCUAGUGCGCGGUGACUUUCUCAACGAACAGAGUAUCAUCGACGUUUUGAAACGGGCGGACGUGAUCCUGAUCAACAAUCAAGCUUUUACCCCACAACUCAAUAAUGAGUUGAUCAAUCAUUUUUUGGAUAUGAAGGAGGGUUGUCAGAUCGUAUCUCUCAAAUCUUUUGUUCCUGCAGGUCACCAGAUCCAGUCCCGAAAUCUGAACUCGCCCAUCAAUCUUUUGAAGGUAAAGAAGAGGGAGUAUUGGUCCAACAGCGUCAGCUGGACCGAUGUUGGCGGUGACUAUUUCAUAGCGACGAAAGACAGCUCGAAACUCAAACGCUUUGUGGAAGACCAAGGUUUAUCAUAA